AUGGCUUCUUCUUCCGGCAACGACGACGAUUUGACCAUCCCACGGGCGGCGAUCAAUAAGAUGAUCAAGGAGACGCUGCCGAACGUGCGAGUGGCCAACGAUGCCCGGGAGCUGGUUGUGAACUGCUGCACCGAGUUCAUCCACCUCAUCUCCUCCGAGGCGAACGAGAUCUGCAACAAGUCGGAGAAGAAAACCAUCUCUCCCGAGCAUGUUAUCCAAGCAUUAGAAAGCUUGGGAUUUGGCUCCUAUAUCAGUGAGGUAAAAGAAGUCUUACAAGAAUGCAAAACUGUAGCACUAAAAAGAAGAAAGGCUAAUUCCCGUUUGGAAAACAGUGGCAUUCCUGAAGAAGAACUCCUAAGGCAGCAACAAGAGUUAUUUGCAAAAGCUAGACAACAGCAGGCAGAGCUGGCCCAGCAGGAGUGGCUUCAGAUGCAGCAAGCUGCUCAACAAGCCCAGCUUGCUGCUGCCUCUGCCAGUGCGAUCAACCAGGCAGGAUCUUCUCAAGAUGAAGAUGAUGACGACGACAUCUGACAUGUCCCAGGCUGAGCUUUCAGUCCUCACCAAGAAAUAGUUUUCCUGCACAACGAAACCAGUGACACGAAUGCUUGCCUGUAACUUGUGUCUUCACCUUGGACCAGCCGUUGGUAUUUUAAGGACGUCCGCUGUUGUGUGCUGUACAUGUCGAAACCGUCUUUUUGAACUUUUUGAGGACUUAAGGUUCAGUAUCAUAUCAACCUUGGAUUUUUAAUGGUGUUUAUGGGAAUUUUAGACAGCUGUCCGUCAUUUAUUUGAUCAACAGUGUUACAAUAAUGUUUAUAAACUAUAGCAGAAUUUAUACAGAAACUCUACAUUCACACUUGCAUCUCUCUUCCCUUUUAACCAUAGAAUCUUGUGUAAACAUUUUUAAUUUGUGUUUUUGAAAUAGAGCAGGCAUUUAGACUGCUUUGGGGAGAAAAAGCAAAGGGUUCAGUGUACUUUGAAUUCUUUGUCUUUUAAAUAAGGAAAGAGAUACAUGGCAAUAAAUAACAUUGCUUAAUAUCACCAAUCUGAGAAAUUAUACAUUUUUGCCAAACUAGAAAAAUGUAUGUUUAAUAGCCGUUGUACAGCUACAUGUUUUGUUUUUUUUUGUAAUGGGGUAAAAAAUAAAAUUAAAAAAAAAACCCAGAACUUUAUUAUAAUAUUGAUUCAGUGUUCUGAGCAAAACAGGUAUUUCAUUUCAAAUGUUCCCCAAUUUGGAGAAUUAAAAUGGUUCUUGUUUAAAAGCUGUUUAAUUUUAACAGUAGAUGGGGUUACAAGCGUGGUUUAAGCAUAUUAAUGCACAUGUUAUUUGAAGGAAAAGUAAAAUUUGGAAGAACAGAUUUGUUUUUAAUUCUGUUUGAUAGGAAUGCUUAAUUAAAUAGGACUAUGAAAGCAAACAUUGGAAUUAAUGAGCAUGCUCACUGUCAAAGGAAUCUUUAUUUAGUUCUGAUUAUUAAAGUGUUGUCAGCACAAUGUUAACAGUUUUUCAGGUUAGUCUACCAAUAGAGAAGUUUUAUCUUGUCAAACCGAUGGCUUCUACGUUCAAAUAGGGGACUAAAUAACAAUUUAAUUGCAAAGUUUAGUUUGGUGGCUUGAAAGUUUAGGCUGGUCAACAAAACCUGAAUGAGGAAUAUCUUAGGGUGAGAUUUUUUUUUAGAAAAAGAGCAGUACUUAGCUAUUUACAAUUUGACAAUAUACUUGAAAAAAAAGAACCUCAUAUUUUUCUGGUACUUUUUUGUCGAGGAAAGGUGCAGUGUCAGGUCUUGCAUAUGGAUACAUCGAACAUUUUUAAAGCGAUAAGAUGUUGAUGGUUAUAGAAAUAUGCAACUGAAAGGCAAAAACCAUCCUAUCUGCGAAGCAGAGGACUAAAUACGACAUGUCGAAUAAAAGGCCUGACUGCAAUUUAAAUUUUAAGGGGCUUCUCGUGAAUUAACUUGCAUCAUUAUUUAUACACUGGUUAUUGAGAAAUAUGUUAGUUUGAAUGUUAAGCUGGGGAAAAAAAAGAUGGGUUCAACCUGUUAAGUAUUGGGACAAGAUCUAGUUGUCAUGAAGGUUGAUGUACCAAAGGUAGAAACACUAGGCUAAUGAAACCAUGUUAAUGUGCAGUGUUGGCUUUUCUAAUCUGUACUAUGAUACCCUUACUCUUCCUGUUUUAAAUGAAACAUUUUUUUUAAGCAAAAAUAUUUUCUUUUCUGAUGCAGAGUUCAGGUUAAUAUUUUACUGCAUCUGGCAUGUAUCAUAAGUUUGAAUCCUUGCAACUUUUCCUUUGGACAUUCUUGUGCUUUUUCAUAUGCUGUAUUCCUCAAGCAAUAAAAUUCAAAUGUGUUU